GGCCAAUGGCGGAUCAAGUUCUUUUGUUGACGUUUUUCUAGCGAUUCUUAAAAAGCCGAUAAUGCUAUUUAUCUAAUCAACUUUUAAAAAAAUUGUCCCAGUUUGACUGUCCUCUUCGAACAUUUUUUAUUGUCUUAUUGCAAAUUAAGAACUAGUGUGGAUAUCAUUUAGUACUAAUGCAAACCAACAAAAUGAGAGGUCGCCCUCCAAAGGCAAAAUCUACAUGCACUAUGUGCAAUGACUCAAAACAUCCUUUAAAUUAUGUUUUACCUACACAAAAUGGGAAAAAAGAAUUUUGCUCCGUUAACUGCCUUGCUGAAUUUCGAAAGGAAUAUAAUAAGAAUGGAUGUGCAAAUUGUGAUAAUAUAAUUAAAGGCACACCAGUGAAACAAGAAAAUCAAGAUUCAACACCAAAAAACUUUUGUUCAGCUGCUUGUUUAAAUAAACAUCAAAGAAAAGAACAAACCAAAAAAACUGUAUUUGGGGAUGUUCAAGUGGAACAUCCAUUUUCUACUCAUGGUAAUCCUAUUUUUGAUUGGGAUAGUUAUCUUAAAGAAACAUCAAGUACAGCAGCUCCUGCAUAUUGCUUUAAACAACAUGAAGAAUCUCCUGAAAAUGAAUUUAAACCAGGCAUGAAAUUGGAAGCAGUAGAUCCUCGAAACAUAACAUCAAUGUGCAUUGCAACUGUAAUAGGUGUUGUUGGCCCUAGAAUACGCCUUCGUUUAGAUGGUGGAGAUAAUAAAAAUGACUUUUGGCGAUUAGUUGACUCUUCAGAAUUAAAACCUGUUGGGUAUACAGAAAAAAAAGGUGGCAUGUUACAACCUCCACUGGGUUUUCGUAUGAAUGGUUCACUAUUUCCAAUGUUUCUUGUGAAAACCCUCAACGGAGCUUUUUAUUCUCCUGAUACUGCUUUUAAAUCUGAACCAGAUACUCCUACAGAUAAUUUAUUUAAAGUUGGUCAAAAAAUUGAAGCAGUUGAUAAAAAAAAUCCACAUCUAAUUUGUGUAGCAACUAUUGGUGAUGUUAACAAAAACAAUAUAUUUGUUACAUUUGAUGGAUGGAGAGGAGCCUUUGACUAUUGGUGUUCAUAUGACUCUAGAGAUAUAUUUCCUGUAGGUUGGUGUGUAAAAAGUGGUCAUCCACUUCAACCUCCUGGUCAUAAAGCUGUUCCAGGAUCUCGUUAUUCAGGAGGUAGACCAAAUGGUGCACAAGCUUCUACAAACCUUAAACAAAAUUUAAACGAUUCCUUAAAUUUAACACCAGAUAGUGCUAGUGAUCUUGAAACUGGUAUUCAAGAAUCAUGUUCAGUUUUUAUUAACCAUGAGUGUAAAUGUGGUCCUUUUAUGGAUUCAUCAAAAUUAUUUGAGCUUCCUAAACAAUUAGGACCAGGAUUAGUACAAAAAGUUCUAAAAGAUACUAUUCAGCAUUUAGUAAAUACUGCACAUGAUAUACAAUCAGUAACUACAUUGAUGAAAAAACAAGGUGAUAGCACUUGCACAAUAACAGCUACAUAUGAAGGUAAAUCUAGAGUUUUUAAACUUCCAAAAAUUGAAAAAACUGAUGAAUUUUGGGAUUAUAUCAGAACUCUUUUAGAGGACUUGUCAUGUUGUAAAAAUCUGUUAAGUCCUGCAUUAAAUGUUUGUUCAGAGUGCAAACAAGAAAAGAAUGUCAGCAUAGUAAAUGAUAAUAAAAAUAUAAAAAGACAUGGUUCACCUGAAAGUUCAACCCCUGAUGAAGUGACAUUAGUAACAAAAAUGGCUCGUACAUCUGAACCUGAAAUGGAAGCUGCAUCUUCAACUACCCCAACUGAAGGACCAUCAAGAUUACCUGUAGACCCUGCAGAAUGGUCUGUGGAAGAUGUUAUUCAACAUAUUAACUGUGUAGACAUACAAUUAAAUACAUUUGCUGAUCUUUUUAGGAAACACGAAAUUGAUGGAAAAGCUUUACUGUUAUUGAAUUCAGAUACAAUGAUGAAAUAUAUGGGACUUAGAUUGGGACCAGCUUUAAAACUUCAAAAUUUAAUUAACAGAUUAAGACCAAGAAGGAGAUAAAAGUGAAACAUUUGGUUCUUCUGAAUAAGCUUAUUGUUCGUUUGUUAACAGUGAUUGUUAGUUAUUGAUAAUUUAGUUUUUUUCAAACUGUAUAUUGUAGCAUAACUUAUUAUUAUUCAUUGGUGCUUAGGCAAUAUUUGU